AUGGACCAGCUGGACAUAUGGACCAGAUGGACACAUGGACCAGCUGGACACAUGGACCAGCUGGACACAUGGACCAGCUGGACAAGCUGGACACAUGGACCAGCUGGACACGUGGACCAGCUGACACAUGGACACAUGGACCAGCUAGACACAUGGACCAGCUGGACACAUGGACCAGCUGGUCACAUGGACCAGCUGGUCACAUGGACCAGCUGGACACAUGGACCAGCUGGACACGUGGACCAGCUGGACACGUGGACCAGCUGGACACAUGGACCAGCUAGACACAUGGACCAGCUGGACACAUGGACCAGCUGGACACGUGGACCAGCUGGACACGUGGACCAGAUGGACACAUGGACCAGCUGGACACAUAGACCAGCUGGACACAUGGACCAGCUGGACACAUGGACCAGCUGGACACAUGGACCAGCUGGACACAUGGACCAGCUGGACACGUGGACCAGAUGGACACAUGGACCAGCUGGACACAUGGACCAGCUGGACACGUGGACCAGCUGGACACAUGGACCAGCUGGACACAUGGACCAGCUGGACACAUGGACCAGCUAG